UAUUUGGUUGUUCCGAUUUCAGCUUUUUUUUUUAAAUCACAAAAUAAAUUCUGUGCUUUUUUCUCUGUGUGAGAGGUGAUUUUGACUGGAAUUUUUAUGGUUCUGCCGAUCAAAGUUUUUUUUUUUAAAAGUAGUACUCGUGUAGCCUCUCACUUUCGUGAAACUUUGCAUUAGUCUCCGCUAGAUAAGUAAAUGCAUUUAUACUUCUCUCGGAGCUGUAUCUGUGAACCAUUAACACACAUUUUAUUUUGUAAACCUUAUUACAGUUCUGAAACGGCGAACAUCCAUGCGAUGCUAAAAUACAGAUAUGCAACUAAUCAAAGACUACCGUAUCUUGACAAAGAUGGUUGCGUGUGUUGACAGUUAACAUAAGUGUUGGAUGGGCGCACCAUUACUCCGCUUUUCUGUCUUGUUGUGCUUCUGUGGCUCAUCAGGGAGGAUAAUUUGUGGACCGCCUGUAUAAUAUAACCUCUUUUCGACCAUGUCGAAGUCCGCUCUGCCGCAGCUGCAGCAGGGGAUACAGAAAUGCUUUAAGGUGGUCGAGCUGCAGCGGAGCGCUUGGAGCGCCGCGCUGGGAGAGUGCGCGCCGCUGCUCGGCUCGCUGGACAACCUGGCGGAGCAGCUCGCCGCCCUGGACGCCGUCAGUCUGAACCGCACCGCGCUGGGCCGCUUCCCCGGGCUGCAGCGCCGCCUGCAGUACAAGCUCCUCCGCGCGGCUGACACGCUCCUGCUAAAGCUGGGGGAGAAACUGAGUGCGCUGCAGUCAGUGCGGGAUGCCAUCAGCAACCAGGUGAUGGCGGUGUUCCAGCUGUAUGAACAAAACGGAGAUGCAGUGGGUCUGGCGGCGUGCGUGGAGAGAUCUGCUCUCUCUCCUUCGGUCGCAGACAUGCUGGAGUGGCUGCAGGACAUCGAUAGGUUCUACCGUGACCAGUUCUUGAAGAGGAAAUUGUUUCUUCAAUCUAUAAAACCUGACACCUCGUCAGACUUACAGACCAUCUCCCAGUCCUGGGGCGCACUGUCACAACCAGACAGAGAGGGAUUUGUGUCAGAUGCAUUGAUGAAGGUUUCAUUUUUUGUGGACUCCUAUUGAAAGUGAGCUGAAGAAGGGGAUAAAUGGUGUAUUUGAAGGAAUCCACAGAGAGGCCCCUGACAUUUCUGCACAGUGAGAUGACAGUGGGAUUCCAAAAUUCAAGUGGAUUAUCCCAUGAUUUAGAGGAGCACGGGAAACAAAAACAUGUGAAAACCUAUAAACAAAGGGACUUCCAUCUGCCCAUCUUGUUCCUUUGGUUGUUAGAAGAUUAUAGAACAACAGAUUUCGCCCAACUGAUUUUUGAGGGAUCAUUGUGUUCCAGACACUCACCACCCUCUUUGUAAACCAGGGCCUUGUGAUUUCAGUACUCAAUGUGCUUCUUCUUAGUUUUCCACUGUGUAGAAUUGUGGACUGGAAAAGAAGCAGUGACAGGGCUCCAGAUUCCAAUUAAACAUGACUGAAACCGCC